AUGCAGAAAGGCGCCGUCCCGGUCGAAGGAGCUCGGUUUCUCGAUUACCACGACGGCAGCUUAUUGUACAUGCGCAAGAUCGACGAAAGGGAAAGCGCAAUGCAGUCUACAGAUGGCCCUUGUGUUGCCCAUCGAGCUGACUACCAUGCGACACUACACGAAGAGGCUACACGGCUAGGAUGCGAGAUCCAAUUGGGUUGCGAAGUACAAGAUGUGAACUUUGACCAAGCCUCCGUAAUCUUGAACGACGGGUCAGUAAUUGCAGGAGACGUAGUGGUGGCCGCAGACGGCCUCUGGUCGACGCUGAGAGACAAAAUCCUCGGCCAACUGUCUCCUCCCCUCCCUACCGGGGACCUGGCAUAUCGAAUGACACUCCCUGCGGAUGCCCUAAGUACCAUCGCAGACCAGAAUGUCCAGGAACUGCUCCGGCCGAAUCUGUCCACCGUUUGGCUUGGGCCGGACAGACACUGCGUCUUGUAUCCGAUCCGCAACCGCUCCCAGUGGAAUUUGGUUCUGAUACCCGACAAUCUGCCCGACAAUGUUCGGACCCAAGCCGCGACCAUGGAGGAGAUGAAGCAAUGUUUUGAAGGAUGGGACCCACGACUUCAGAAGCUCAUGGCGACGGGGGAUGCGGUCAUGAGCUGGAAACUGCUCCAUUGCGAGGAACUAAAAACAUGGUCCAAAGGCCGCUGCGUCCUUAUCGGCGACGCUUGCCACCCGUCUCUCCCGUACCAAGCCCAAGGUGCCGCCAUGGCUCUCGAAGACGGGAUCACGCUCGGCACGCUCCUCGGCAGUCUGAACGAAUCGCAACACCCUGCGGUAUGCGGAGCAGACCGUCGCGCCCAAUGUAUCUUGGAACUGCUGCUGGUGUUCGAAUCUGUUCGCAAGCCGCGCACCUCGCUAAAUCAAAAGGGCUCGCAGAGCAAUCAGUACUGGUACCAGGCCAGCACACCCGAGGAUAUGGAGAGGAGGAACAAAGUCUUUCGAUCGGCUGACGGGUGGGGCAAGUGUGAAUGGAAGGGUGCAGAUUUCGAAUACCAGCGAGAAUUACUGGGAUAUGAUGCGAGAAAACAUGCGCUGGAGACAUAUGAGGGUUGGGAGAAGCAGGCUAGGGCUGUGGACUGUAACCUGUAG